GAAAGCAGCACCGUAUCAUGCAAUGAAUCCAUUUUUUUCAUAACAUCACAGGACUGCAGAGCGCAGGUUGGUUUUGCGCAGAUUGGUUUUGCAUUUUAGUUUGCUUUGGUUUAUUUUUGCAAUGUCGACGCUGGGCGCGAGCUAUUAUGUUGACUCGCGGAUCCUUCCUGAGGAAGAUAUGGCACCGAGGUACUCAUCAUCUGCAGGGGUGGAGCAGACAGUGCAGGUCACCGAAUAUGGCGCUCAGGAGUCCUGCCUUUUGCAGGCGAAAUCUUCUAUUUUUGGCGGAUCUUGGAGUACCAUCUCGGCCCACCCUCCGAGCGCGGCCACCCCGACCUAUAUCCAUCACCAUUACACAAGCGGGGAGAGCGAUGGCGUGUUUACGCGCUCCUGGACGUUGGAUCCGGUCUCCACGUCCCUGUGUUUGACGGGAUUACCAUCGACAACCAUGCACUAUGAGAUAAAACCCGAGCCCGUGAUUGGAAGUGCCGAAUGCACGACUUUGGAGACUCACACACCUCUUUUGUCUGACAUUGAAAACGGGGCGUCCUUUGCAGAGAUUCCCUGCGAGACAUCAGGCACAUCCAAAGCUGAAGCGGAUCCGACGCCACAGGAAAACAUGGAGAAAGAUGCAAAUAACCCAUCAUCGAGCUGGCUGCACGCAAAGCCCACCAGAAAAAAACGCUGCCCCUACACAAAACAUCAGAUCCUUGAACUGGAAAAGGAGUUUCUGUUCAAUAUGUACCUCCCCAGGGAUCGUAGGUAUGAGGUCGCGAGACUCCUGAAUUUGACGGAGAGACAGGUAAAAAUAUGGUUUCAGAACCGCAGGAUGAAGAUGAAGAAAGACAACAAAGAGCGACGGAGGGACAGCUAAAGUCCUGUAGACGGAUGGAGGAUUAAGAGCCUGUAGAGGGGGAAGGGGCUGCUCAUAUUCCUAACCUGUUACAUGUGUUGUUGUAUAUUUGUGUUGUUAAAAACAACGCUGGAUGUGUUUGUUGUUCUCUCUUCAGUAUUUCAUGUUCGUGAGAGGUCAAAGUGUCGUGAUGAUUUUAAUUGUCUUGCAUUUUGCGCACAGCGCUAGUUAACUGUAUACCACUUGUUAUUUGCAUGUAAUUACCCGUGACCACCUGAAUGUUAUGAAGCUACCUAUGUUUUCUUAAUUAAGUUAUUAUUUUUGCAGCCUUGAGCGUUUUUAUUUAAUUGUGGGGAUUCUAAGUAUUUGUGAAAAAAACAUGCGUACACUUGAAAUACCUCGUUCUUCCUAAUUUCAAUCAAAAUAAAAUGUGGUUUGUACAGCACAUGGGAACGAUUAUGGUGUAGUCUUGAUUUGUUUCCAUAUUUCCAUUUUAAAAGAAAAAAAAAUCAAGACAUUCAAAUAACUGAUCCUAUCACUUAGACAAAGUUAAGGCUUGGCUACUCACCAGAUUAUUUAAUUAUUAUUUAUUAUUUGCAUCAGUUUUUAAUAUUCCCGUGUCAGAUUUAUUUUCCCCUUUUUCUGGCAAAUUCCUCCCGUUGAAAAAAGAAAUCUUGCUGGUAAAAGCAGCAGAAAACAGAGUUUUUUAGUACAUGUUGCUCGUGGCUAUUGAGUUUUAUGGCCGGCUGCUAAUGUCGACAACCGGAAAGAGCUACUUCAAAUGGCCUGCCAGUUUUUUUCUUUAGAUUUUUCUUUUCCUUUUAUUAUGUAAUAAUUGUAAUAUAACAUGAUUUUAUCACAUAAUGAUGAAAAGUAAUAAUGAGCCCGCAAUUUAUGACAGUAACACCCAUUGUUUAGCAAUCACUGCUGGCGUAUAUAGGACAAUAAGCUUUCGGUUUUAAAAGUUGUGGUUGCUUGUUCAGCUAAAACUCG